UUAUUAUCUGAAUAAAAAAAUUCAAAAUGUGUACAAAAUACGAUUUAUUUUCACUGUUAAGAUUUAUUUAAUUAUAUUCAACGAAAAAGUAUUAACAGUUUCGUAGAUAUUUUAGUGUUUAAAGUGCAAAGAAUAAAAUGUUAUCAUCCCAUGUAUCACUGGAAGCUAUGUAUUCUACCACGUAUGUGGAGAAUUAUUUAGAUUGUGUUGAAAAUUUGCCAGAUGAUUUACAAAGAUUACUAUCCCGUUUACGUGAAUUAGAUUGUACUUAUCGUGCAUUUCUACGAGAAGUGGAACAGCAGUCAGAACUACUUGAUAUUGAAGAUCCAAAUUCACAACGUAAAACGCGUCGUAUUCAAAAAGCAUUAAUUGCAGCACAAGAACUUGGUGAUGAGAAAUUACAAGUUGUUCAACAAUUACAAGAUUUAAUUGAAAAUCGUACCAGACGUCUGGAUUUGGAUUUUAAAAAUCUUGAUUAUAGCAAAGAAGAGGCAUCGAAUGAAACAAAGGAAUCUCAAGUUCAACCUAGCAUCGCUGUUGCAACACCUGUAAAUACAGCUACACCGACCAAUGAACGACAGUCGAAAAGGGCACGACGUACACGCCAAGAAACCUUACAAGCAGGAGAUAAUUCAAAUACUGCAACCGAUUCGAUUGCUGCAACAGAGCAUGUAUUAAGAAGUUCGCAAUCCACUACACCAAUUGUUACACAUACAACUCAAAAGAAAACGAAUACAGGUACGGGAAAGAAGAAAAAACGAAAAACACGUGGCAAUACAAGUACACAAUCCGUACAACGUGAAGAAUCCCCACCGCGUGAAGAUGAAUCAGUGAUUGAUCCAGAUGAGCCAACAUACUGUUUAUGUGAUCAAAUAUCAUUCGGUGAAAUGAUAUUAUGUGACAAUGAUUUAUGUCCAAUUGAAUGGUUCCAUUUUUCAUGUGUGGCAUUAACAACUAAACCAAAGGGUAAAUGGUUUUGUCCAAAAUGUCGUGGUGAUCGACCGAAUGUUAUGAAACCAAAAGCACAAUUUCUUAAAGAAUUGGAACGUUAUAAUAAAGAAAAGGAGGAAAAAACAUAACUGUAAUUGUAAUAUUUUUUAACUAAGUGUAAUA